AUGUUCAGAUCAUCGUCGUCCUCCUCCUCGUCGUCCUCUCAAUCUUCUUUUCGCAGAGUAUUAAAAGCACCGGGCCGUCCGAUCGCCGUACGAACCGAAUAUGUCGCGGAUUCGAGGACACUUCUGGUUGUGAGACCGCAAGGCGACAGGCAGUCAUCAAGAGCCUAUAAGAUUGAGGAUGGCGAUGGGGUGACCUUGUUCACUGCGACAGGUCGUAAAUUUAGUGUUCGCGCCUGUCGCGAAUUCUGGGAUGCUUCUGGACUGCCUCUGUUUGAGCUGCAUAGGAAGAUGUCGCUCAAGAAUACAUGGUCUGUCACGCUACCAGGAAGCAAGCAUGCAAAUAUAGCCACAGCCAGCACAGGGUGGUCCGUCGGAGACUUCAAGAUUACUUUCCAGAACAGAGCAGCCAUUGAGUCGAAAAAGGAAGAGGAAAAGAUACUCACGUUAGAGGUUGAGAAGUAUGGGAAUGCCUUGGCUUCGUUCGAUGUCGUGGAUGGGGACAGGAAGGUCGCCGAGAUUCGCGAAAGCAUACCUCACAAUGAGAGAUUGGCUCUGUUGCCGAGCUCGAAGAAGGGCUAUCGACCUGUUCUGGAUGUGACCGUCCUACCAGGAGUAGACUUGUCCCUCAUUGCAAUCAUUACAGUCAUGGCGUCGGAUUGGGUGUUUAGCUCGAACUACUAG